GCCCAUCUCUGUGGGCAAAAACAAAUUCUUAUCAUUUAACUAUCAUUAAUCAUAGUUCCGAUUUUAGCAUAAUGAUGUGAUAAAUACGUGAAAGGAACUGCACUGCCAAUUCCAAUAAAAAUGAGCAACAGCCAUAAUGAACGCACGAACGUGAAUGAUGGAGACGGGAAUAGUGAAAGAGCCAGAGUGGGCGGAGGAGUGAAUGGUGGAGGUGGCAGUCAGCAGGAUUCAUCAACAAAGGAAAAGCGUGGCUGGUUCCAUUCCUUAACCAGACGAAAGAAAUCCGACUCAGGCAACUCCUCACAUAACAACAAUAACGAAGGUUGCGUCCUUGAUGCAAGUGGACCCAAUACUGGCGCAGAUGCUGCAUGCUCGAUGGCCUUGGCCAGCUGCAGCAACAGCUCCUCCAAUGGUGGCACCCUGCGCAAGCGUAAGGACAAAAAAACCAUGUUCUCCCGUUUACGCAAAAAGAUGGGCCAAAGACUCAGUUCCAUACGCAAUUGGCACUCCAUGGGCGAAGAUUGCGAAUGUGAUGGAGGCACCACAGAUGCCACUUAUGAGUUUCUAACUCCACCCACAUCCCGUAUGGAGCCCACAUUGCCCUUCACCCAUGACUAUAUGCGUUUCAUAAGAAAGAAGUGGCUGGAACGACCCGAUCAGAACGGACCCAAUGAGGUCAUGUACAAAGCCUGCUCAGAAAUGCUCAAUCAAGUUUGGUAUUGGGGUGAAAUAUCCAGGCGAGAUUCUCAGCGGCAGCUAAGCGACAAGCCUACUGGAUCCUUUCUAGUACGCGACUCCGAGACCAGUGGCUCCCAAUUUACACUCAGUUUUCGCAUUGUUAAUGUCACUUUGCAUUAUCGCUUGGAAUUUCGUGAUGAUUUUUGGCAUUUCGAAGAAUUGAAAUAUGAAUCGAUUGUGAAAAUGAUUGACGACAUCUUACAUCGAUGCACCAAUGAUAAUUUUGUUUGCUUUGUCAAAGUACCCAAUGAGAUACAGCCGCCGUUCCCAGUGAUCCUUAAAUAUCCCCUUAGUCGUUACUUGAAUAUGCCCAAGCUGCAGGACUUGUGUCGCCGCGUCCUGCAGAGGCAAAUGCCAAUGGAUGAAUUGGCCCAACUACCCGUACCCGCAAAAAUGUUGGAGUACUUGUCCGUGGAAAGAGAAUUAGUAUUUCAGAGCUAAGCAGAGGUAACAGUCAGAAGUCUCUGCUUUCGCUGCUGGUAUAAGCUUUAACAUGGAAUGUAAACGCAUCGCAGAAACCAAAGAGGUUGACAAGAAGGAUAAGAAACAUUUCUACCACACGCACACACAGUCGCACUCACUCUACAUACAUAAAUUUCAUGUGUAUGCUUUUACUCUUUUAGUAUUAAAAAAAGUAUCAAAUAUACAAACACAUAUAUGUAUGUAUAUUUACGUAUGUUAUUGGCCAAAAAUGUUCGGUUAGUUCGUGUUUUCCAUAUGGAUCUUGGUCAAGUCUGUGUAACCAAGCAUCUCUCCUUAAAUCAAAACUAACAAUAGUCUUAAGACAAAUUUGUAUAUUUACGUUAUACUCGUGUAUUCGCAUUUGAUUCUGAUUCCUACAACAAAAACUCUGCUACAUCUAGAAAUUACAUAUAUGUAUCGCAUAAUAAAUAUAAUAAUAGCAUAAGCAGCUUUAUAUAAUACAUACUGGGAACUGAAUCUGUUCUAAGCAAAAUUUUACUCUAUUGUUGCAAAAAUGUGUAUGAAUGUUACUUAUUUAACAUUAAUUUAUGUAUGAUGAUUUCAACAACAAAUAAAUUAUUAAUUAACUCGA